AGAAAUUCUAUCUAAAAUACAAUUUGGAAUGAAUGUUACACGUGUAAAUCUUCUGCGCUUCAUUUUCCAUUUUCCAAAUCAUUUAUCGCCUUAUUUAUCGUCUCACACCCCAGAGUUUACCCCUCUCUUAAGGAAUCGUGAUCUCAAUUUAGGUUUCCAAUUUCCCCAUAAUUCAAAAUUCACUGCUUUCAAUCAAUUCAAACCAUGGGAGGCGGGGCGAUGAGAGCUGCGGCGAAGAUGGCGGGGUUCACCGCCGCUAGCGGCGGGAUCCUCAGUAUUACGGCGGAGCACUAUUCUGCCACCCGGAAGGCCGCCUCAGCCCAUCCGGUGACAGCGGCGUUAGAGGAAAUGAAGCUGGUGACCAAUAAUUCGGAGGCCACCUUGCAGAGGCCGUGUUUGGAAUUGGAAGAAUGGGUGUUCCCUGACGCGGAGGAGGCGGCGGGUGAGCGGAUGCCGAGAGUUGUCUUCGGCGGCGUGCCGACACUUCAGGAAGCCAAGGAGGCCACUUCUGAACUCUCAGCCGCACUUGAAAAGACUUAUCUGUCGGCUCCAAAUUCGGUUGAAAAUGAUGAUUCAGAGACCAAAGCAUGCAUCACUACUCAGCUUGCUGUUUCCCCUUCUGUUCCAGCCCCUGCAAUCACGGCCUUUAAGUUCUUAAAUGAAAGCUCAAUGGCCAAGAAUGUUGUUGCUUCUAUUGCCUGUGAUCAAAAUGUUUGGAAUGCGGUAUUGCAAAAUGAAGAUCUUCAGCAGUUUCUGCAGUCACACACACCACGUGACCCUCAUCGAGACUGGACAGAGCCAGUUGCAGAUUAUGAUGGUGCUGAUCAGAACUCUUCGAUGGGAUCAGAUGCAGACUAUGAUCCCAAAAGCCCCACCGGGUCAUCUAAGCAUUCAGAAUAUGAGUUUGUGGGCGGAUUUGUCGAUAUUAUUCAGAAGAUGAAGAGUAGUGUGGCUGAUAUGGUGAGCAACUUGUCCGGUUACAUGCAGAAUCUAUUCGGAGCGAAGGGUGGCAGUGUGAACUCCGAUAGGACGGCAAGAGUAACUGCAGAUGCUGUCAUGCAAGCAUCAUUCAUGGGAUUGGCUGUAAUGGCCAUACUUGUGAUCUUGCUGAAGCGAACGAGCUUACAAUCGCCUGCAUAAAUUAGUCGAAGAGACAACGUCAUUCAAAAAUCUUGGUUUGAGGGAGUUUGAUCGAUAUCCAGAUGAUGAAUAUAGAUGUUCUAGCUUGAUAGAUGUACUUGCUACUUCUCUUUGGCUCCAGAGUCCUUUUUACAACUGCCUUUUGCACAAUUGUCUAUAUACUGGUGCACCAGGGAUAAUUACUCUUUAUAUUUAUGAAGUGCUUAUUUCAUAA